AACAACGAUAAACAACAAAUUAAAUAAAUAUAGAUAAAAUAAAAUAAUGCAGCCAAAUAAUAAACAAUAUUAUGAAGGAUGUGGCAAAGAGGGUCAAAUACGUUGUAUAUUUUUAAGUGAGUUUCAUGCCACUGCCGGCUCCAAGAUAAGUUGUCAGGUUCCUCCCGACUAUGUACCUAAAGACAUUUUUGAUGCAAUUAAUGUUUAUAUUAUACCCAAACCACAUCUGCAAAGAUGUAUUUUAACCGUUAAUGCGAUGGAUAUGAAAAUUGUCGGUUACCCGGUGGGUAUUGAAGAUCAGCAAAAAUAUGCCCGUAAUGCCUUUUUAUUCAAUUUAUGCUUUGUAUGCGAUUCAUGGGCACGAUCGGUGCAAUAUGAACCAGUGGUUAAAAAGUUGUCGGAGUAUUUGAUUAUGAUGGAAGAAGAAAAUUGUUUUCUCUCCAAGGAGGAUGAUAAUAAACUUAAACUGAAAAAGAUAUUUGAAACAGUAAUAAAUGAUUUAAAUGAAAAGAAAGUCACCACAAUUGUGGAGGGUGAUACUACAAUUUACUUAAAAAUUGUUACACAUAAACCAGAUCCUCCCGUAGUUAAAGAUCAUAUGGUGCCCCUGCUAUUAGUAGACUUUAAAAAUACACCAUUGGAAAAUUGGGACUUAACCACACAACAAAUUCUUCCCUAUAUAAAUGGCAUUAAUCACAUAGCUCGUAUUGCUGCCGAGGCAGAUGUUGAAACGAAUUUAGUUAAAUCUUGUGUUCAGAAUUUGGUCUACUAUGGUGUUGUACAACUUCUACCCAUACUAAAGUAUAGCAAUGUUUAUAUGACUCAGAAUCUUAAAAGUCUUAUUCAAAGCACUUCCCUCACUAAUGCCUGCCGCAAAUAUGUCGCCUUAAAUCCCGAUAAAGCAAAACCUACUAUACAAAAAAUAUUUCUAUUUUACGCCUCAAUGACACAUGGCGUUACCCUAAGAGCUAUAUGCCAAAGACUUUCUCCACAAAAUCAUAAUAUUGAUGAAAGGAAAUUAGUAAUAUUUGGCUUGCAACACAAGUUUAUACGUUGCAUACAUAAAUAUCCAGUUUUUACGGGAUCUGUUCCAUCGGGAAGACAAAAAAUGUAUACAGGAUUAUCGAAUUUUGAUGAAAUAUGUUGCAAGACUGGUUUAUCGCCAUCGUGUAUUGAGAAGGAUAUUGAUAAAGAUACAAAUGUUACUGUCAUAUGGAAAUAAUGUGGUGUGUAUGAGUUUGUUUUAUUGUUUAAACCAGUAGUUAUAGAAAAUUUGCAUGAAUAUUGUUAUAGAAUAUAAAAAUAGUUGUAGUAUUCGUAAUAAAAUAAUUAUGAUUUAUUUGUAAUAUGCAUAAUUCGUGUUAUUUGAAAAAUACAUGAUCAUUGCCUAAAAUUA